AUGCCCGCUCCGGAUCGAGCCGAGCUCCAGCUCGAGCUAUUUCACCAUAUCUGUCUGCCUCGCGAUGUACCCGGACACCAAAGCGAUAGUAUGGAGCGAGUCGACGCCGAGCUUCUUCAUCGCCUAAUUCAGGCUGUCAAAGCAAUCGCACCCUUCCUGCCUCUGGAGCAUCACGGCUCCGUGGAUGCUGUGCGGAUAGCACUCACAACGGCCAAGCUCCUGAAUGUUGAGGCAGAAAUGGACAGGAAGAUCCUGCUGAAGGAAUUUCGGGAACUGGAUGCGCGGAACUCUCUGAUCCUUUUUAUCGCAGAGCAGAACGCGGCCAUUCUCAUCUACAGAGAAUCAAAAGUAUCGAGCGGCGACGACGACAUCAUUUUUGAGGCUUUCGAAGCUUCCGCGGUGAGCGACCAGGUUCUAGCUUCCCAAGGUGCUCUGCUGUGGGAUUUCCCGGGCUCCGCGGCUAAGGUCCCUUAUUCCACUUUCUCGAACACAUCAUUUCAGGAUUGUCUUUCUGCCUUUCUCCAGCAGGCUACGAUGGAAUCGGUCAAAGCCUUCUGCGCCAUCACCCAGAAGGCGGCAUCGCCACUGCCUGAAAUCCGCGACACCACUAACCCGGCUCUCAUAAGCGGACUCUUGAUGACCCUCUUGGGGACUGUUGGGAAAGUCCACCAUCCGAUUAUCCUUCAGAAAAGGGUCCGUGAUACGGUACGCUUCCUCCAUGCACGCAAGCCAUGGCGCAGAUCUUCUCUAUAUCUCGUGAUUCGGGUGAGCAUGCUCCGUCACUUGUACAGAUUUCUUGGACCAGAGGUCGGCAGACUGUACUACAAAGUGAUUAUGUGCCUUUUCUUGUCCCAUUUCUUGGACGAUAGCCGUCAGCGACUACCCCCCGAUGCUGUCCAUCUUCUUCGGCAAAAGCUCAGCCGUAGGCUGGCCAAGAUCGAAAGCCGAAAAGAUCCAUUAAUUGGUACCGCGGGCAAACUCACUGUCAUGUGGGGUAGGUUGUCCACUGUUUUCGAGAGAUCUCUCAACACGGCUGCCCAGUCCCUCGAGAGUCAAUGGGAGGGUUAUAAGGCGCGUGCAGCUAGGCCAAUCCGACGUCUUCCACAGUUCGCACAUCCUGACGACCUGAAGCUUCAAUUGCGGCUUUCGGGGUCCACCCUUUCCUCGGCCUUGUUCAGGACACAUGUCACCAAUACUGCUCGCUUCCAAUCGCCCGCCGAGCAUCUAUACCGAUGGGAGUCCGCGAACAAGCAGACUCCAGCCCUUACCGCACUCUCCGCACGAUAUUCCGCGCUUCUCAAGUACGAAGAAGAUAUUGUUCUAACCGCGAAGUGUGCGACGAAAUCAAACGACAACCACACUCGCUGCAUUCAUCUCGCAGAUACCAUAAGGGCAUACACAUCCAAAGUCGCGGAUGCCUAUAAUGUCUUCCCCUUAUUAAAAAGCCGGAUGCUGCUCAAUGUUUUGGAACUGUGGGUGGAGAUGGAUAAAGCGGCCAUGGCCUGUUAUGGUUUAUUGAAGGAGCAUGGACCUGGACUAAACGCGGACAUGCUGGACGCUCUGCACCUCAUGUCUAACGAAGAUAUGGGUCGGUUACGCAAAGUUCAGUUGCAUAUCAUAAGUCGAGUCUCCGAAGACAGUGAAACAAUAUUCGCCAGUCCCACUGAGAAUUGUUUCGCCGUUCGCUACUUCAACGGAUCACAGGAGAUGAUUAGACUCCAUGAUCAGAUCAAAUCGGAUGCUGCGAAGUCACGCGAAGAGAAGAAAAAGGAGUGGGAGGAGACCAGUAGCAGGCACGACAAACUGACAAAGCAAAUCGCUGAAAUGGCUUGCCAGUAUACGGAGACAGUGAACGAAUUCGGCGAGACUAUCAUGGAGCACCGUGGCUGCUUGAAACACAAACUGAAGUGGCAGGCCCGACAGAUGAAGAUUAGGAUUUGGGAACAUCCGCUUCCCGCUUCCGAAGCUUUCGCUAAGGCAGCGGUGUUCGAGCUUUGUUGCCCCAAAGCUUUUGCUGCAUAUCGAGACGCUACUUGGUACUUGCUGAAAACCUUUGCGAGACAUGGUAUUGAGCCUGUGCCUCAGAGGUCCGUUAUUCGUGACUAUCCGGGACUUCGGAAGUAUGUCAAGCGCAAUGUGGUGUCCGAUGUCACUUUGGGGUCGUCUACGAAGUCACACCUGGAGACACACUACGGCGAGGUUGGCUUUCCUGUGGCCUGGAAACAUGUCUGUCUACCUUUUGGAAUGAAGCUGAGCUACUACGAUACAUCAUGCAGCUUCUGGACAUCGGAUCUUCGGCCGUCACUGGAACACCAGUUCCCUUUGAAUCUUCCACCUACGACACCUUAUCGUUCGUUCCUAGGUCUAUACGGCCCAUGGCCUUCUUCAAACCAAAUUCUUGCCAGCCAAACGAAGUGUCCAGCCGAGAGUCUACUGGUUGGGACACACUGUCGAUGGCUUUCGUUGCUGCGAGAAUUAGGGUCAACCAACAUCAAUUUCUCUACAGAGUCUACUUGGGCCGUUGUUACGCGAUUGAUUCUUCAAGCAGGACCAGCAUCGACAGAAGAUCUUUUGCGUGACGUGCAUGCUGUGUUUCGAGAUUCUGAAUUUUGUGGCAGACUCCUGGAGCAGGUCCGGCGUCGGUUAGAGGCCAUACGUCGAAGUUGGCGCGAGUCGCUCCAGAUGAGUCUCGCCAUUUCUAUACUGAUCAGGAUGAUUGAACUUGCCCCGACCACGGAGAUCAAACAAGGCGCUAUCAAACUCCUGAAACGUGCUCGGGACAUUACCUGGGGUUGGCAGCAAAUAUUGAAGUCAGCCGGCGUACACAAUGCUACCGGACUUAUGCCAUGUAUGGUCUGGGCUUCAUUGCUGUGCAAACGUGUCUUUUACACGCUAUUUGAGAAAUCCAAAGCUCUCGACUCAAGCUCACUGGGUUUGCUUAUCAGUUCAUCCAUCCAUCUCCAGAACAUUUUUACGCAAGACUGGGCGACCUUGCCGUUUCCCUUGCAAAAGACAGUGUUGGAGGAUCUGAUAUCAACCUAUCUCCUUAGGACAGAGCUUCGAACGGCAAUCUGCGCUAAUAAUGCUGCCUUUGUAGAAGCUUUGUCCAGGUUAUGGCCUAUACCUUCCAACGCAGCUCUCGCAGCUGUCGACGAGCUUGGUGAGGAGUGGAUUGGCAUGACUUUACAGAGAGACAAUCAAUGCACCGAUGCUUUAAACUACCAUCUGCUGACGGGAAUCUUGCUGAUCAACGGCUGUCAACUUGGCUCGCUUCCUCUUGAGUAUCGACGUUGGCCUAUUGUUCAGCAACUUUUCGGGUCUUCAAACUUGAAUUGCUUACCUUCAAGAUUGGACGGAAUGUCGUUCACCCUCGACUCCCGAAUGCCGAAUGGGCACUGGAUUCAUUUUGACCUCCGCGGGGAUGGGCUGAUAAUCCAAGCUGUAAAGGGCGAUCGCCGGCUACAGCUAAUCCCUUCAGGUUCAUUCCAGUCCGCAUCCGGCCAAGAUUUCGAUCUUCCGUUUCAUAUGGUCUCGAACUGCUAUCACUGGCUCGACCUACGUUCAGGAAUCAUGGAAAUUCGUCAAGGCGACCCAUGGAAAUCUAGACAAAGCCAUUGGUAUUUAGAUUUCCAUGGGCGUCGCGCACAGCGAACUGUGAAGGGUCGCUGUUUGACCUUAAUUGAUCCAUACAGCAAUCUAUUCAGUACAAUCGCUUCCAAUUUCCGGCAUUUCGAAUUUGCGCGGCAUAUUCUUGCGUAUCAGCCAGAUAAAUCACAUAUGAGAGUUGAGCUGAAACGGCUGGAGCUGGACUUCUUCGUGGCCAAAUCAGGAUUUUUGAAAAACGACAAGCUUAAAUGCGUCAUUCUGAAAGACCAAGAUCCUGGAACCUGGUACGGGCUGCAUAGCAAGCUGGUUGUUGCUUCUACUGAGAACACGACUGAACGGAGCAUUCUUGUCCCUAUGGGCGAAUACAAGUUUCUCAAAGACGAAUUUCACAUCAAAAUGUUCGUUACCAACCGCGGGGAUUACUUACGCUUCAACAUCAAUCCUGUAUUGGGUCGCGUCGAAUGCCCUGUUGAACCCAGGAUGCUCUACCUGAAAGCUUUAUUUCAUGCCUGUACCAGCAGUUUUCUUCCCGACCCGCUCACUCCAAGGACCGGUGUUGAAGAAUCUCUGACUCUCCUACGUUCUGGCCUCUAUCAACCAUGGGAUGUGGUUAAUCCCCAAGUGGCCCAGAUUUUAUACGAUAUUGCAGGGCUAUCUCCGAAGCGAAAUUAUUACCCUUCCCAUCUCAGAUGUAUGGAGACAGUGAAGUGGAGUGAGUGUCUCACCACCCAUAUACAAGAUGAUAGGUAUCACGGCGCGAUCGAAAAGAUAUUGCGAAUGCUCUCAGAUCUUGCUCUGUUCAGUCUUUCUCCAGUACAAUACACUCCUCCCGCUUGGUCAAAGGAGCAGGAACAUCUAGAAACCCGAGCUCUGUCGCACCUAUACACUCACAAUUUCAAGGCCUUGGACACGUGUUAUCCGUCAAGGGACCGAUAUAUCGACAGCACAGAACGGAAAAACAUCCAAGAUAUUGUACAGCUGCUGUCUAAAUGGCAGGCAUGCUUUCAGAAUACCACCGAGCUAGCGCAUCUUCUGGAAGACUCGCAACUUAUCUGUGGGUAUAUCCGGAACUGUGACCUAAACCAGAUUACAGACUUCCUCACCGUUGACAUGAAAUGCGAGUGGGGUGCACUUGCGCGAACAUGUCUCAAUUCUGGCUUCGAAGACAGGUUCCAGCUGAUGUUCAUGUUCUCUAAAAUUGGCUUUACGGCGGACGCGGACAUGAACUUAGUACGGGCUCUGAUUGCAUGUGCCAUUUCGAAGGAUUUGAAGUCCGUGGAGUAUCCAACUUGUCCUUCCUUCGUCGCAUUCAGGAAUUACCAGUCACCUACAACGGAUCUCUUGACGCAACUGAUCAAAGGCGCAUGUGUACCUUUCGACCCAGUGAAAGCCAACGCACCGAGGGGUCAACUGGCGAUUCAAAGAUUUGCCCAUGAGAAGGAGUCUCUGCGUCUUUGCAUGGAGCUUGCCAGGUCGAUCUUAUCGCAAUGGCCACAGACAACAAUUGACGUUUCGCGCCUCAUCGAGGUUGACGCCGACUAUCUGGAAAAGGAUCGGGCUUUGGAACUUGUAAGGCCGGAAUGGGAGCGAUUAACGCACAAUUGGGAAUUCUCGGAGUACCUACAGAAACUGCAAAUCAUCUUGGAUCAUGGGAGCAACCAGGAUAUGAACGCUCAGCCGGGCGACUGUGAAUCAGAACAAUACCCAGGAAUGGGGUCUUCGUCACAUAUAAAUCCCGCUCCAAGGUAUCCCGCUGGAUCGGACAGAUGGGAACUCCCCACGAUCCCAGCCCUUCUGGAGCAGGAUAUGCUUGUGUUUUCUUUAUCUGGCGAAACCGUUCGGAUCACACCUGCCGCUCCCAUUCUGACUAUCCAAACACGUACGCACACCUGCGGUGAUCUUGUAGUUCUUAAGACACUGCAAGUUAAGGUGUUGGAUAGAAUCAAGGAAUUAAGUCAGCUGGUCUCUGAGUUGGAGCAUUCUUCCUCGGCUGUCCAAAGGAAAUAUGGCAAAGAAUUACAGCAGAGCGUCGAGGCGCUCUCCGAGCAUCUGUCAUUGCCUAAAGAACCGCUACUUCACCACAAUCCUGUCGAGUUUGGUCUUCAGCUCGCUGAGGCCAAAGAGUUCUUGGAAGAUGUGCUAUCCAAGUUCUGUACUGUUCUUGAACAGAAUGAGCGUUCCGCCAAGUGGCUCCGACUCACCGGCUUGUGGCCGAGCAUGACGCUUAUCUCUCUGCUCACAGAGCUUCGUUCUAGCUCAGGGCUCGUAUUGGGCAGGCAAGUGAAAGAAAACCUUGUUCGAAUUGGGCUAGCUGUUACAACUUAUCAGCGGCUGUUAAGAAUGCAGAAUUCGUUGCUGAAAAGGAAAGGACAGCAGUUCCAUGACGAAAGACAGAAUCCUGGGCACCGCAACUGGGAUCCCCUCGAUCAUGUCGAUUGGUUGCUGUUAGAGAUCGAUGCCAAUAUCCUUCUCAGACCAGAGCAGGUGGAAGUAGCCCAAGCAACGAUUUCUCCGCCAUCAAGACACAAUUCGGUACUCCAACUGUUAAUGGGUAGAGGGAAAACAUCUUGUAUUCUCCCUAUGGCUGCGUCAACCUUGGCGAACAGAAAGCAACUUGCCCGCAUUGUCGUGCCUCGAGCUUUGUUGCUCCAAUCCGCUCAAGUCAUUCAGGCAAAGAUUGGCGGAUUGUUGAACCGCGAGCUGACUCAUGUUACCUUUUCCAGAAGGACGCAAAUCUCCUCUGAGGUUCUCGAGACAUUUUGUCGGCUUCAUAACCAUUGCAUGGAUGACCAAGGUGUCAUGAUAGCACUGCCUGAACAUAUCCUAUCGUUCCAGCUGUGCGGCCGGCAGCGAAUCUGCGACGGCCGUUUUAAGGAAGCGGAGAGACUAAUUGCAAUACAGCUCUGGUUGGAGCGAAACGCCAGGGACAUCCUAGACGAAUGCGACUUUUCACUCGCUGUUCGGACACAGCUUAUCUAUCCUUCCGGUUCCCAGAUGGCCGUUGACGGUCAUCCAUACAGGUGGCAGGCGAUUGAAACUAUCCUCCGUCUGAUCCCGGAGUACUUACCUCGACUUGAAGAGGAGCACCCCCACAGCAUUGAGAUUGACCGUGGACUUCGUGGCGCCUAUCCACUCAUGUAUUUUCUUCGAACAGACGGAGAAGAAUUCAUCAUCUUGAAGCUCGUCAAUGCCAUAUGUAGUGGGCAAACAUCCAUUAUGCCCUGCGCCGACUACCCUCUUGAGGUCAGAUCGACUAUCCAGACGUUCAUCUUAUCGCCCACUGUGUCUAAAGAGGAAGUAAAGGGGGUGAAGGCGAUUUUCAAAGAUAAUUCACAUCUUAUGAAGAUCGCUUACCUACUUCGCGGCCUCUUUGUUCACCGCAUAUUGAUCUCUUCGCUCAAGAAGAGAUGGAACGUCACCUACGGACUGCAUCCUACUCGCGAUCCGAUUGCAGUGCCCUACUCGGCGAAGGGUGAGCCAUCGCCAACAAAUGAAUGGGGUCACCCAGACGUUGCAAUAAUCCUGACUUGUCUUUCCUUCUAUUACGAAGGUUUAGAUAUUUCAAGGUUCAAACAAGCGUUCCAGCAUCUUUUGAAGUCGGAUGAACCCGGCGUGGAGUAUGAGAAGUGGGCUACGCAUGAUCUGCCAGGUUCUUUCCGAGACUACCAUGCUAUAAACGUCGAGGAUAGCGUUCAGCUCAGCGAACUGCAUCGCUUUGUUCGAUACAAUCCCUAUCUUCUCGAUUAUUAUCUGAAUAACUUCGUAUUCCCUGCCCAUGCAAAACAAUUUGCGUCCAAACUGCAAGCAUCAGGCUGGGAUUUGAUCUUAUUCAACCCGAAGAGAAGGUCUCACUGUCAGACUACUGGCUUCUCCGGUACCAAUGAUACCAGACAUCAGCUGCCUAUGACGAUCAAACAAAAUGAUCUCCAGUCACUCUCACACACCAACGCGGAAGUGUUAUACUACCUUCUUCAACCUCGAAAUCGGCACUAUGUGCGUAUGAUUGACGGGCGCGGCAGGCGUCUUAGUGAGGAGGGCUUCCUGAAAAAGCUGCUUAGAACUGAAGGUGGCGAAAGCUGGGAGAGGUCUAGACCAAUUCGGAUUCUUAUUGAUGCCGGCGCCCAAAUUCUGGAGCAUGACAAUAGAGGACUGGCGAAUCUAUGGCUCCAAAUCGACGACCAAGCCUUAGCCGCUGUGUUCUUUGACAGUAAUCAUCGCGCCAACGUCAUAUGGGGUAAGGGCAAGGAGAUGCCUCUCUCUGUAUCCCCUUUUGCAGAAAAUCUUGAGGGGUGUCUUGUCUAUUUGGAUCAGAGUCACUGCAGAGGGACAGAUCUCAAACUCCCAGCAGAUGCGAGAGCGGCAUUGACUCUCGGACCCCAGCUCAGUAAAGACGCGUUGGUGCAAGCGGCCAUGCGAUUGCGACUGCUUGGGGAUAAUCAAUCCGUGACCUUCUUUGCCCCCCCUGAGGUCCAUCAGAGUAUCUUAGACCUCCGAGGCUAUGAGAAUCCGGCUCAGCAGCUUGAAUCGUCCGAUGUUAUUGCCUGGCUUCUACAACAAACUUGUAAUGGCAUAGAACAAACCGAACCCCUAUACUACAACCAGGGCAUGGAUUAUUUGAAACGCCUAAAAAGCAAACCAAACAACUCGAGCUUUGUUCAUGAUCCACUGCAACGUACCGCUUAUCUCAAGGUUAUUCGGUCGACCGAGAGGCAAACCUUGGAGGAGUUGUACGGACCGAAGUUUCAUCGAGCAAUCGGAGUUCAACCUUAUGCUUUUGCACCUCCAUUGAAGGACUACGUUGUGGAACUCUUGCAACGGCGGAAAGAGUUCCAGGAUCGCGGUUUCGCCGUCCAUUCAUCCGCACUGGAAGAAGUCGAACAAGAAAGGGAAAUUGAACAAGAACUAGAGAUGGUCCGCGAAACACAGAAACCGACUUUCGCUAUGACGGGACGGUUACCAGCUCCAAGUAGCAUCCGUGCUUAUGAUGAGAUGUAUUCCGUUCUAAAGAGAACCUCCAUAGGACGGAAACAUGCAGGUGUUCUCACCACCUCACUGGCUUCAAAUAUUCAUGUAUCCCGACAGUUCGAGAGGACCGUCAAGUUGAGUGAGCCGAACGACAAUUUUCUGCGACCAUGCCAGUGGAUUCUGUGGAGCCGUUUGACUGCAACCGCUCUUAUUGUCUCACCUGAGGAGGCAGACCUUCUUAUACCCAUCCUUCGCACAAAGAAAAAGCCUCUCUGUCACCUCAUCGUUUAUGCGGCUCCAGUCACGAGAAGGAUGUUGCACUUCAACAACCUGGACUAUUAUGCCGUCCCACCGUUGCCAGCAAGCUUCGAGGCGCCAAUGUGGCUGAAGAUCCAUGUAGGAAUAUUUGCUGGUCGUCUUUAUUUUGAUUGGGAGGAAUACUCUGCGCUGCUGGAGUUGUUCGGUGCAAGUUCGACUAGCGAUGAGCCCAUCUCCCAAAGGAACGCUCUCGUCAGUAGGCCCUCCGCCUUCUUGCAUGAUUGGCUUGCCGUCAGAAGGAAGGGGCAGGACUUUGAACAUACGCCGAUGGGUUCAAUCACUACAGGCAAGCCGUUGACGGUGGACCACCCGUUCUUCCUUCCGGAAUCUGUGGAGGAGGAUGGAGAGCCCGGGAAUGAGGGAGCAUUGGGAACAUUCUUGCACGCCGAUGAGAAUGUUGAUGAGGAUGAUGAGGAUGAUCAGGGAGAGGAGUUUCAUGAUGCUGAAGAAGGGGACGAUGGUGAUGGUGCGGAUCAUGAGUACGGUGCUGUUGAUCAUGAGGAACCUGGUAGGGACUUUUUCGAAAGCGAUGAGUAUUUUGAGGCGGCGCCGGUGAAGGAGUCAUCGAAAAAGUAG